AUGACUAUUGAAUUGGUCAACAAUGUCACCUACUCGUUUUAUGCUGUUGCCGUCAUCACAACGAUAGCUUUUACUUAUUCACUUCACUUAAUAUUCAAUAUUUCCCCUCCACAAAUGAGUACCUAUAAAUACUAUUUGCUCAAUAUACAGGUUGCAGCUUAUGUAGAAACAAUAUACUACACUGUACUUUUAUCUGUAAUAUGGAUGACUCCUCAUUUUGGAGUCAAUGCAGAAGGAUUACUGUGCAAGGUGUUCAAGAUGCCAACGAAAUAUCCUUUCGGCAUUUACACAGGAUUUUACUGUUGUGUGACUUGCGCUCUGAAUGCUGCUUACAUCUACAGAUAUCGACUUCUCUUAUUCGUUGCAAAUGUUAAAAUUUCAAAUCGUCUUCUUGCAAUAAUUAUCGUUAGCACAUACGUAUUAUCGGUUGGCAUGUCAGUACCAUUUGCCACCAUGGCUUUCCAAGAACAUGACGAAAGCGUCGCUGAAGUCAGGAAGACUACUGCUAUCACAAUGACACUAUGUAUUCCUGUUUUGAUGCUAUCAGUAUCUUUCAGUCUCGGACCAACGUUAGUAACCUCCACCGACGCGUAUGUUUGGAUUGGUAGCGUGAUGUUCUCCAUGAAGGCAUUCAACGGUACUGUAGCAAUGAUCAUCAUGACAAAAGCCUACAGAGAGCACUUCAUGAAAAUCACUGGCCUCAGUCGAUUAUGGCCAAAGAUUGAGCCGAUACCGGUAGCGCCAACGAUAACGACGACUCCGAUAUUGGAUUAG